AUGCCCGGGUAUAUUUGUAAAUAUGGUGAGAUUCAAAGUGAUAUAUGCGAAACGGCAACAGUAGCUAUUUCUUCUGUAUAUCAUCAACUUUUCAAAACCAAGACAAAAUUUUCAGGUCCAGAAGUUCUAGGAUUUGAUAAAACAAUUAUUACAGACGAAUUAUUAUCAGAUUUACCCUUUUGCCCUUAUAAUUUUCAACUUGGGAUCCUUCGAAUUUGGAUAGUAAGAAUUGGCUCUAAUGAAAUUACAACUAAUUUAGCAGACCCCGGAUUUAAAUCAGCCUUCAUAUAUCAAUAUAAUAAAAGUCAGGCUUUGUUUUUUCAAGAAAUUGAUAAAAAUCACUGCAGAGUAACAAUUUACUACGAAUGCAAUGCAUGUAUAGACUUUAUUGAACAAAAUCCAGAUUUAGUUUGGUCAAAAAUUGGAAUUCUACGGCAAUAUAAUGGAAAUCAACUUUUUGGAUUAACUAAUCAAUACACAAAAAACCUUAUACAAGCAUCUCAAAUCCCGUGUUGUACUUUGAAUGAAUGGAAUAACAAAGAAAUAAUGCUAAUAUUUACAAUUACUACCUUAAACGUCCUGAUCUACUCAAUAGAAUAUGAAAUUGGAGAUCGGGAAUUUCGAGCCUGGAAAGCAAUGCUAAAAAAUGUUAGUUGUUCUGAUAUUACUCUAUAUGAAAAAGAUCAGUCAAAAUUUGAGUUUUGGUCUCGGUCCAUUACUCUGGAUAGUGAUAGAAGUUCUUUGUCUACAUUAUACGAUCUUGGAUUUGUUACUUUAGCUCCCUUAUACUCCUCUAUGAAUGCUUUUUGGAAUUCUUUUCACAAUUCUUUGAAAAUUAAUAAAUGCGGUAUAAAUGGGCAUCGACAGGUAUUAUCUAUAAUUGCUAAUGAUUUCAACUAUGAAGUUAUUAAAAAAAACUUAGGU